AUAGCCAAUCUCUCUGCCUGGUGACAGUGAUGGAGGGUGGUAACGUCAGGCGAUACGUAAGACUGAUAGAUCAGUAACUACCUAGCUUAAAAGUCUCAACGAGGCGUACAUACAUACAUACAUAUGUAUGUACGUAUUUGUUCAAGGGUCUUGAACCCUCCAUCCCAUGAUGCUUCCGCCACCUGAUGUAAUCCCGUUCUGGAGGAAGAGGGAUCAACAGGUAAAGAACCUUAAUCAGAGUGAACCCCUCAUUCAUUCCUUGGUUCAUCAUCAAGUCCAAUUCCGAAUGCGAAAAGGUCUUGAUUGACUGUUGAUGGUGUCCUUUUCUCAAGCCAUCUAGUAGUAUACGUAACUAUACCAACAGGCAAACCGUAACACGUUCGUUCCAUGACUUCCUCUUUGACCGCUUUGUUUAUAUGUUCUCUUUCUAUCAGUUUAUUAACAACAAAAGCUACCCACUUACCUACUUACCUACCUACCCACCAAGGUAUGUACUAAGGUGAACCUUUGACGCCGCAUUGUUUUGGCCGCGAGCAGUGCAUCUCAAAGAAAGGAAACACCAACUGAUUCGACAACAUCGCUUCUUCAAAACGCCUGAAACGCCUACGGGCAAACUCAACAUGCAGGGCACCCGAUACUUGGCACUCAACUAGAGAUACCUGAGCCGUCACUGCAAUUUAGCGGCAGUUUCGCUUGUUGCGCCUUGUACCGAAAAAGUACCGGGCCUGUAGAUCUGCGACUUGGCUUAUUGCUUAGCUCUGAGUUAGUGCCCUGUUAGUUACUGACUCUUGACUGCCUGGUCUGCGACAAUCUUCGUUCCUCUCCGUUGCCGAUCAAAUCAAAACACCCUUUUCCUUUCUUCUCCUUUCUGUCUGUCUCCGUCCUUUCCAAAGCCGCGAAUACCUUUCAAUCGUCAUUCAAACCUUAUACUCUUUCAUAAUUCCAUGAUCUCUCGUCCCUCCUUUUUUGUCUUUAUUCUUCUCCACCGUCUACAGCAUCUGCCCUAUAACUGGUAACCUAGGUACCAACUAAAUACUCCGGCAUUUCAUCACAACAAUCAACAACAUCCAAUCCGAUCCGAUCCAACAUAACACGACAACCACAAACUUCACUGCCACCACCAGUUCCAGACUCAUCUCCUCAAGUCUCACUACCUAAACUCCGUAUCAGCACAACGUUCCACGGCCGCAAACCCCAUCAUCGUCUCGACUUCCACAACCUUCUACUCUCCUACAAGCAUUAUAUCCUGGUUUCCAACCCCUGCUUGUAAACCAGCCUUUCGACAAUCGAGAGGCCCAUCGUUUUCUCAAAUUUUACAGUGAGGCCUUUACUUCCCGUCUGCCAUCAACCUCCAGACCCUUUUAUUGGUAGACUAGUCCGAUUAUUUCAUUGCCGCGCAAAUCUUGGAAUCGAACGCUUCCCCUUCUCCUUUACGAACCGUCAAUGUUCGUGACAUCACCACCACCAUCAUCAUUCUCGAAUUCGAUACCCUUCGCCGAAACAUAGUAAACAAUGGCCGGAACUCUCGUUGAAAGGGCCGCGCAUCCGGUCAAUACAUCUUCUCUUGAUACUAAACUCGACGUUUCUGCUCGUCCUCGCAGCCAAUCUCACCUUGAGGCUGCAUUUUCUCCUGUCAACAACGACGGUUGUUUUGACUUUGACCGCGUGUUGAAGAGCGGCUAUGUCCAGAAGCGUACACAAAAGACAAAGAAAUGGAAGCCUGUUUACCUUGUCUUGCGACCCAACACCCUCUCUUUAUACAAAAACGAGAGCGAGUCUCGACUACGACACCAGCUUUACUUAUCCGAGCUUACAGCCGUCGCCGAAUUGAAAGACCCCAAGCAUAAGCGCGAGCAUGUCUUUGGCCUCUUUUCCCCGUCUCGCAACUACCACUUUCAAGCGAAUUCCGCCCAAGAUGCUCAGGAAUGGAUGGACUUGAUCCGAAGGGAUGCGCGUAUCGAUGAAGAGGAGGACGAGAUGUUCCUCGCUAGCCCACGUGCCUCUCAACAGCCUGGCAAUGGCAUGGAGCCGGUUUCCAUCAGCAACAACCGACCAAAUGAACAUGAGCGUUUCCUUUCUAGCUCUCCGGAACCAAUGGCAUCAUCUGCUCCCAGAUAUGUCACCUCGGCAGGGGGUAGGAGAAGGUCGUCGAUACUAGAGUCUUCGGGACUAUCGGGCGCGGAGUUCGCAUCUCACUCCGACCUUUCCGACAAUGAAGCUUUCCGACCCCAGGACUCGUCCUACGAUAGUUUGGCCGUUCAAUCGCCUGGCAAGCUACCCCCAGCGACUCGCCCAUUAGGCCAAGGUAUCCGAUCCGCGAGCCAAACGAGCGUGUCCAAUGUUGAGCAAGACCCCGACCGUGUCAUAUGGCAAGGCUGGCUCUACCUCUUGCGUCACCGACGUGGCAUGCGCCAGUGGAAGGAUAUGUGGGCUGUCCUUCGCCCACGUAACCUCAUUCUCUACAAGGACGAGUCCGAAUACACAGCCCGGUGGAUCUUACCGCUCUCCGCAGUCGUAAAUGUCGUCGAUAUAGAUCCUCUCAGCAAGAGCAAGAAGCAUUGCCUUCAGGUUAUCACUGAAGAAAAGAGCUACCGCUUCUGCGCCCACGAUGAAGAUGCCCUUGUUCGCUGUAUUGGCGCUUUCAAGAGUUUACUUGCUAAACGUCGCGAACUUGAGGCUCGCGCUGCCGCGACAACCACAUGACCUAGGCGCAAAAACAGACUUCACGGGAUCUCAGCCUCACGAGACCCAAUGGUGUAAACGCACCCAAGAUGAAUCAUGAUGAUCAACGUUUUCUUUGUCGGUUUUCUUUGUCAUGCGCCAGCGGUCCUGCUGUUUUCUUUGUAUUUCUUGGUCAUCGUUCAUGGCGAAUAUGUUGCUUGAUAGAAGAGAAGAAAAUAAAGGAAAGGAAAGGAAAGGAAAGGGGAGGGGGAGCUUCUUGAUGAGUUGUAUAUGUUUCUCAGCGCCUGUUCAUUUAGCGAAAGCCUCCAAUUUUGUUGUGUACAUAAAACAUGAUAUCCGUGGUACCUAGCACCAUCCAGCAGAAAACUUCCAUACUCAAUCAAUAUUCUUGAGUAGAGAACACCAUUGUGAGCUUAACCCAAAACCCAAACACCUGUCCAUGUCUACCGAUGCAUUCUGAACCGUUACAAAACGCCGAA